AAUUGAGCUAGUAGAUAGUAUUUUUAUUUGACUGACAUAUACUUCCUCUAUUAAAGUUUAGAUAGAAACGACUUUACAGCAGUUUCAAAAGAGCAUAUAGCAAUCAAUGCAUGUCAAAUUUGAACUUACACCUGAUUUUCGGAGAAAAGUUGAAUUGAACACCAUUUUCUUUGCAAGGAGAUAGAUCUCAUCAGUCACUGAGUGAGAAAGGAGAGUGGGAAAUAACACAAGGUAGCUAUGUGUAACAACAACAAUACCUGUGAAGUGGAGAUCCUCCAAGCCGUGGGCUACCUUCCUGUGUUCCUGGUGGGCUUGCUACUCAACAUGGCGGUUCUACGCGUCUUCCUCGCCAAACGAGCCAUGUGGACCGACACACACGUCUACAUGCUGAACCUCGCAGCAGCCAACUGCUCCCUCGUGUUCUUCCUCCCCUUCCGCAUCUACAACGCCUUCCACCGUCUAGACAGAACACACUUCUGCACCUUCCUCAUCUCCACACAUUACAUCAACAUGUACGCCAGCAUCCUCACGGUCACCGCCAUCAGCAUCCACCGCUACCUGGCGGUCAAGUACCCGUUCCACACCAGAACAUGGCGGUCAAAGAAGGUGGCUGCGGUGGUGUGUGGGACCAUAUGGGUCACCGUAGUAACGAUAUGUGCCGUGUUCAGAAAAGACAAGGAUCCUCGCAAACUGAUUACAUGUUAUGAAGUAUCUCAAGAAAGCACGUUGUCAGUUGAGUUCCUUGUGGUUCUAGAGGUGCUGGGGUAUCUUCUGCCAGUUUUGAUUUUAGUGUUCUGUUCCACACAGACCAUAAGGGUUCUAAUGAAGGAGAAGGAUGAGGAUGAGGGCACCACUGUGGAGAAGAGGAACAUUAUUGGCAUAGUAACAGCCAACCUGAUCGUCUUUGUGGUCUGCUACACACCCAUCCAUCUUGGGUUUCUGCUGAGAUUCCUUUUCAAAAAAAUAAAAUGGGAAUCUUUAAAAUUAGUGUGUGAUUUUUGGCUAGUUUGUGAAUGGAUCGCUACCACAAACUGCUUCCUGGAUUCCAUUAGUUAUUACUUUAUGUUGAAACAGUUUUAUUUUGAAAACAGCAGAUCAGCAGUGAACACACACGACCGACAAUGAGUCAUCUUACCCCUCCCUUCACGUUCUACACCACCACAAUAAUGUCAUCAUGUUUUUGUCAACAUUUCUUUCAUUAAAAUAAUGUUUUAAAUGGAGCGAGAGUGCAAGCGAGAGUACUUGCAUGCGUGGCUGUGUUUGUGUGUGUGUGAGAGAAAGAUGUGUGGUUGCCAAUGCAAACACAUAAUGAAUGUACCAUGAAUGAUAUACAGUGCCUUGCGAAAGUAUUCGGC